CCCACCCACCCAUCACCCUCGAUUCCUGGACUGCCCCGCGCUGCUCUAGAGGGACGUUGACGCGCUCCAUCCUCCCCGCACAUCCCCGCAGCAACCGGCCAUCACCCCCCCCCCCCCACCAUGUCGGCCCCCGUAGUAGCAACACCGCCUCCCCCAGGCACCGGCGUCAGCGAGCCCCAUCUCCGUCCCAAGCACAAGAGGACUCACACCGGAUUCGGAAUCCGUGAGAUCAAGGCGGUCGAGGCCAGCAUUCCUCCACAGCUGAGAGAAAUUUGGCGUAAAUUGACUGUUGCUGAGUUCCAAGGGAAAGAUGAGUUCCAGAGGGAGGUUGUCCGUCAUGUCGAGACUACAUUGGCCCGUUCGAUGUACAACUGCGACGAUGCCGCCGCCUAUGCCGGAACCGCGCUUGCCAUCCGUGACAAGCUCGUGAUCGGCUGGAACAAGACGCAGCAGAACCAGACCCUCCAGGACCAGAAGCGUGUCUACUACCUCUCGCUAGAAUUCCUAAUGGGACGGGCAUUGGACAAUGCCAUGCUCAACACCGAGGUGAAGGAUAUCGCUCGGGACGGAAUCAGUGAGCUCGGUUUCAGGAUGGAGGAUGUCAUCAACCAGGAACACGACGCCGCACUCGGUAACGGUGGUCUUGGAAGAUUGGCGGCUUGCUUCUUGGACGGUCUUGCUACCCUGAACUACCCUGGCUGGGGUUACGGCCUGAGAUACCGUUACGGUAUCUUCAAGCAGGAGAUCGUCGAUGGUUACCAGGUCGAGGUUCCCGACUACUGGCUCGACUUCAACCCCUGGGAGUUCCCCAGACCUGAUGUCUCGGUGGACGUCAUGUUCUACGGUUACGUGAGGAAGGAGUGCGACGCCGACGGCAAGACCAUCAACCUCUGGGAGGGCGGUGAGAUUGUUCAGGCCAUCGCAUACGAUGUGCCCGUCCCUGGAUACAGCACAUCAACCACCAACAACUUGCGUCUCUGGUCGUCCAAGCCCGCCAGCGGAGAGUUCGAUUUCCAAAAGUUCAACUCCGGUGACUAUGAAGGUUCCAUCAGGGACCAACAGAAGGCCGAGACCAUCUCGGCGGUGCUGUACCCCAACGACAACAUCGACGCCGGUAAGGAGCUCAGACUGAAGCAACAGUACUUCUGGGUUGCCGCGUCGCUGCACGACAUCAUCCGACGAUUCAAGAAGACCCACCGUCCCUGGUCAGAAUUCACCGACCAGGUCGCCAUCCAGUUGAACGACACACAUCCCACUCUCGCUAUCGUUGAGCUGCAGAGAAUCUUGAUCGACGUUGAGCAUCUGGCCUGGGAUCAGGCAUGGAAGAUCGUCCAGGGAACCUUCGGGUACACCAACCACACGGUUCUUCCCGAGGCUCUGGAGAAGUGGCCGGUUCCACUUAUGCAGAACCUCCUGCCCCGCCACAUGCAGAUCAUCUACGAGAUCAACCUCUACUUCCUCCAGAAGGUCGAGCGCUUGUUCCCCAAGGACCGUGGCAUGCUCGGAAGGGUGUCCAUCAUUGAGGAGUCGCAGCCCCAGGUCGUCCGCAUGGCAUACCUCGCCAUCAUCGGUUCCCACAAGGUGAACGGUGUGGCUGAGUUGCACUCGGACCUGAUCAAGGCUACCAUCUUCAAGGACUUCGUCUCUAUUUACGGUGUUGACAAGUUCACCAACGUCACCAACGGCAUCACCCCCCGCCGAUGGCUGCACCAGGCCAACCCCAAGCUUUCGGACUUGAUUGCCAGCAAGCUUGGUGGUUACAACUUCCUGAAGGAUUUGAACCAGUUGGAUCACCUGAGGGCGCACAUCAACGACCCCGAGUUCCGCCGUGACUGGAUGGAAAUCAAAUUGGCCAACAAGAUCAGGCUGGCGAAGUACAUCAGGGAUACCACCGGCACCUCGGUCAACCCCCACUCGCUGUUCGACAUCCAGGUCAAGCGUAUUCACGAGUACAAACGUCAACAGAUGAACAUCUUUGGUGUCAUCUACCGAUACCUGAUGCUCAAGGAGAUGUCGGCCGACCAACGCAAGAAGGUCGUCCCCAGGGCUUUCAUCUUCGGAGGAAAGGCCGCACCCGGAUACUGGAUGGCCAAGACCAUCAUCCGUCUCAUCAACGCUGUCGGUGAGGUCGUCAACAAGGACAAGGACGUUGGGGAUCUCCUAAAGGUCAUUUUCAUUGAGGAUUACAACGUCAGCAAGGCUGAGUUGAUCAUCCCCGCUUCGGACAUCAGCGAGCACAUCUCCACCGCCGGAACCGAAGCCUCGGGUACCAGUAACAUGAAGUUCGUGCUCAACGGUGGUCUGAUCAUCGGAACCUGCGACGGUGCCAACAUCGAGAUCACCCGCGAGAUCGGCGAGGAGAACAUCUUCCUUCUCGGUAACUUGGCCGAAGACGUUGAGGACCUCCGUCAUCGCCACCGUUACGGAGAGGUCGAGAUGGACCCCAAGCUGCGAAGAGUCUGCGACGAGAUCGAGUCGGGCGCUUUCGGCCACCCCGAUACCUACGGAGGACUCAUCUCGUCCUUGACCGAUGGAGGCGAUUACUACUUGGUCAGCGACGACUUCUCGAGUUACAUUGCCACUCAGGACCUUGUCGACGAGGCCUACAAAGAUAAGGACGGAUGGGCGACGAAGUGCAUCAACAGUGUCGCCAGCAUGGGAUUCUUCAGUGCUGAUCGCUGUAUCAACGAAUACGCCGAUACGAUCUGGAACAUUGAGCCCCUGGCUCCACGGAAAGACCUGUAGUGUGAUGUUUAUUGAGUUUCUUGUUUUGUUUUGUUUUUCCUCUUUUUGUUUCUCUUGGGGUGGUUUAUUUUUUGGGUUUUCGCGACUGUGCUGGAGUGGUUCGGGUGGGAAGCGGGUGAUUGUCUCUGUGGGUAGUAUGUAAAAGCUCUCACUAUAGUUGGUACUGAAUCGAGUAUCAUUGCCUGCAAA